AUGGACUCCAUCACGGUCUGCAAAUCUGUGAACUCACCCCUUGUAAGUCCACGCCAGCUCCCUAUGAUCGCAGGCAUUCUGUUUCAUUUCCACCUCUUUACCUUUUGCUCUUCUUUCCUCAAACCAGGGUUUCCUCGUCAGACCGGCCAAGGAAAUUAAGGCUACGUCAUGCGGCUUCAUGGUUGGCAGUGUUGGGAGUUUCCCAAAGCUGUGCAUUCCCAGGACAAAUGUUGCACAUGUGAACCGAAAGUUCAAACCAAGAGGAGGAGCUCUCAGCGCGACUUGUAGGGAUGAAAAGAUCCUUGUGGCAAAUAGAGGGGAAAUUGCAGUAAGAGUCAUCCGAACCGCUCACGAGAUGGGGAUACCAUGUGUUGCUGUCUAUUCAACAGUGGAUCAGGAUGCACUCCACGUACGGCUGGCGGAUGAGGCUGUAUGCAUUGGUGAAGCACCUAGCAGUCAAUCGUAAGAGAUAAUCCACGUUUCUCUUUUGUGUUAUUUCGUUCCUGUUGCUUAACCUGAAAUACGAUGCCCAUCUUCCCGCUCAAGACUACCUACACCCCUUAUUUAUUUUCUUAGCGAAGACUGAAUUUUUUUUCUUGUGAUUUUAUCAGCUAUUUAUUCAUCCCAAAUGUGCUAUCAGCUGCUGUGAGUCGUGGAUGCACCAUGCUGCAUCCGGGAUACGGUUUCCUCGCUGAGAAUGCUAGUUUUGUGGAUAUCUGCAAGGAGCAUGGCAUCAAUUUCAUCGGUCCUAAUGUAAGUCCUUCACAGUAACUUAGUUUAUUGUCACUAUUAGACUCUCUUGCGGGCUACUUCAUAGCUGGAAAAGGCAGGAAUGUGCACCCAGUAGCCUUUGUGGUCAGGAUGUUGGGGUGGGAUCCAAUUUUCUUACAUUAUCGGAAUCUGAUAGCAUAGAGACGAAGCGCCAGCUUUUCCAAUGUUUUAUCUGGUCUCUAUGUUAACAUAAUAGUGAGGAAAAAAACACCAUCUAGAAGAAGAAACACCAGCUUCUCUAGUUUUACUGCCAAAGCAGAAUAUGUUUGUUACGCAGCAAGUAUCUUGUCCAUUUUAAAAUUUUCAUGAAUUGUGAUAAUUUUAAUUGUCGUUGCCAAAUCCGUUAUCACUUUGGAUCUUUAGAUUCGUGAUCAAUAUCAUUUACUAUGGAAGAUUAUCUUUUCCAUAUGAGAACUACGCAGAAAAAAAGAAGGAAUCUCUUAGACCUUCUCUUGAACCUUGGAACCUUUGCUAAUCCUGGACACAGCAACCGUUCUUCUUGAAAGGGCCGUCCCUGCUUUCAAAAGUUUAUUUUUCGUAUUUUUUAAAGUUUUUAAGGGAGGAUUUUUUGUGUGUGUGUGGGGAAGUAGGGUCGUAUUUCGUCCAUUAUCGUGGCUCUUUAUGUUCAAAGGUCUAGCUAAAUGUUUGUGUUCCAAGUUGGAGAGGGACAUCUCUCUUGUUCACUUGCCAUCUCUCUCUCUGAGGUCUUUAUGUCCAUUAGUUAGAUGAGCUCUGCCUAUGGAAUAAUGAUGGUCGACCUUACAGAUUAUGCCAUAAAAUUACUCAUUUCGGCUCUGUGUUGUCAACGGUUGAGAAUCUAUGUCUAUGUGGUUCAAAGAACAUCAGCUGCCAACAGAUUUGAAAGGGGGUUAACCACUUGUGAUUGUCACGCUAACCCUGAUAUUAUAUGCUGCUCUUGCGUAAUUGUGUUCCUCAAACUUCUAAGUAAUUUCAAAGAUUUAAAGAACAUUGUGUUUUUUUUUUUUAGCCAGAUAGUAUCCGUGUUAUGGGUGACAAAGCUACUGCAAGGGAAACGAUGAAGAAGGCUGGUGUCCCAACGGUUCCUGGGAGUGAAGGGUUAUUGCAGGUAAAAUAAAACACAGAUGCACCCUAGAUUGAUGUAAUUCAGAAUUGAGGUUUCACAAAAAUCGUAGCUAAUCCUACAAUAAGUUCUUCCCGAAUGUAUUCUCUCAACGAAUGAGUAAUUGUUUAUGAAAAACCUGGUUCCUUCAACGUAUUUUGUUUAACGAAGAGGCUUAUUUUUUUGUUUCAGUCCACAGAGGAAGCUAUUAAGCUUGCACAUGAGAUCGGUUUUCCUGUCAUGAUCAAGGUAAUGCUUUCCUCUUAGCUUUCCUCAUUAAUAAAGUUUCACUUUGACUAUUUAAAGAAGUGCAAUCUUUACACACUGGGAUUUCCCAUCUAUUUGAUGAAGAAAGGCUAGAUUAAAAAGGUGGGUUUCAUCUCUGUCAUCAUAGGAGAUGCUUAUUCCUUACAUUUUGGUAGAUGUAGAUUUCUACAUGAAAAAAAAUUGAUCUUGUGAACUUCAUAUGCUCUUUGUGAAAGACAAUUGAGCAGUAAAUUCACUUUAAAUGAGAAGUAUCUUGUAUGAUCUCGUUGUGAUCCAAUUUCUCCAUAAAUUGUUAUCCAUCUGUGAAGGAGAAAAUCAUCUUAGACUGACUUCAGCCUACUUGUGCCAGGCCAGAUAUGUCUUCUACUAUAUAAUUGUUGCACGAGGAUAAACAGCACAACCAAUAAUCCUUUACAUGUCUUAUUUUGGUAGUAGAAUGAGAACUUUUAGUUCUACUGAUCAAGCUAUGUUACGAGAUGAAUGAGGUGACAAGGAAGGCCUUGGUUUCAUUGGAAAUGACCAUGACAGGCACUGUUUUUGCUUGGUUGCCUGGGCGCCUAAACAGCACACCCAAGUCUAUGUAUUGUUGCUUUGGUGUUGGCUACAAAACUAAGUUCUGGACAGAAGAAUUGUUAAAUUUUCAUUGAUCUGAAAUGCUAGUUAGUUUUUAGAUUCUAUAAUGAAUUUGGUCGGACUGGAAUAGCAAUCUGAUGUUCCCACUAGAUUUAAAUUAUUUUGUGCCAUCUCUGUGGUUGUUGUUGCAUUUGCUUGUUGCCAAACCAGGAUCUUGAUCUUCUUGAUCAGGUCUUCACCCUCCCUUCUCACUAGAGCUGCCUAGAAAAUCCCAUUAGAGUAGUAGAUUCACAAGAAGUCUUAUUUCAAUUCACCUGUACAUUGGUUUAAAUACCGGUUACAUCUAUAGUGGGCCAAACCCUUUUAUUUUGAAGAAAGAAAGGGAGAGCCCAUUAAGUAGUCCAUAAUUGACUCACUUAAGGGCCCAAAUAGAAGAGAGACACUACAAUAACGAGAUCUUAGCUUGUCUGACACCCCCUGCAAGUUGGGUGUGGAUGUUAGACAUGCCCAACUUGAAUACAAGCUUCUGUAGAGUUGGUCCCGGCGGCCCUUUGGUAAAUAUAUUUGCCACUUGAUUAGUACAAUUGAUAAACAUCAAGUUUAUCAUCCCUUCUUCAAUCUUUUCCUUGAUAAACUGAGGAUCUAUUUCAAUGUACUUUGUCCUGUCAUGUUGGACUGGAUUAUGGGCAAUAGCUAUAGCUGAUUGAUUGUCACAGUACAACUUGAUGCAACCUUGAGAGUAUAGAUGUAGAUCUUCAAGUAGUAUUUUUAUCCAUAUUGCUUCACAUAUACCUUGAGCCAUAGUUUUAAAUUCAGCUUCUGCACUAGAUUUGGACACCACCUUUUACUUCUUACUUCUCCAUAAGACCAGAUUUCCACCGACGAAGGAACAAUAUCCAGAUGUUGACCUCCUGUCACUUACUGAUCCUACAUCAUUUGCGUCUGUAUAUAUUUCUACAAUACUAUCACCACCUCGUGAAAAUAAUAGGCCUUGUCCUAUAGUAUUCUUCAAAUACGGUAGAAUAUGAUAUGCUGCUUGUAAGUGAAUUUCUCUUGGGUCAUUCAUGAAUUGACUAGAGGAACUCACAGCAUAUGCCACAUUUGGUCUAGUAUGAUUCAGAUAAAUCAAUUUUUCAAUCAACCUUUGGAAGGAUUCCUUAUUAACUGGAGGACUGUCACCUCCUGCUCCAAGUUUCACAUUUAUAUCCACUGGUGUGACUAUUGGUUUACAGGCAAGUUGUCUAGUUUCCUGGAGCAGAUCAACAGUAUAUUUAUGUUGAGAAAUAAAGAUACCUUCUUUCGAGUGUGCCACCUCAAUACCAAGAAAAUACCUUAGUCUCCCAAGAGACUUAAUAUCAAACUCUUGUGAAAGGUUUUUACUCAAAUUUUGGAUUUCAUUUGUAUCAUCACUUGUGAUCAAUAUAUCAUUGACAUAUACAAUUAAUACAGUCAUACCUCCACACGAAUUAUGUUUGAUGAAUAAAGUAUGAUCUGCAUUACUCUGUUUAUAUCCUUGACUUUUCAUUGUCUUGGUGAACCUUUCAAACUAAGCUCGAGGAGAUUGUUUGAGACCAUAGAGGGCUUUCUUUAGUCUACAAACCACUUUUGAUUGAUUGGAUAGUGGAUAUCCUGGAGGUAUAGUCAUGUAGACUUUCUCUUCUAGUUCUCCAUGUAAAAAUACAUUUUUGACAUCAAAAUUGAUGUCUUUCCUAGUUCAACUUAGCUGCUAGAGCAAUCAAUAUUCUCAUGGUGUUAAACUUAGCAAUUGGAGCAAAGGUCUCAAGAUAGUCAAUCCCAUAUGAUUGAGUAUAGCCUUUUGCUACCAAUCGUGCCUUAUAUUUUUCAAGUGACCCAAUCUGCAUUAAAUUUCAGGGUAUAUACCCAUUUACACCGUGCAACUUUCUUACCAGCUGGGAGUGGAACUAGAUUCCAUAUAUGAUUCUUUUGCAGGGCUUCCAUCUCUGCAUCCAUUGCUUGGCUCCACUCUUUUCUAGCUAAUGCUUUAUCAACUGUUUUUGGUACACUUGUCAUAUUAAGUGAGCUCAAGAAUACUUUAUACUCUUGACUCAAUCUAUCAUAUGAUAGAUAAUUGGCCAUUGGAUACCUUGGUCUAUUUCUGCAAUUCCUUACCCCUUUACACAGGGCAAUAGGCCAUCCGAGCUGAUCAUCUUCAAUUAAGCCUACAUCAAGUUGUUCGACCUCAUUUUGCCUUGGAUCAUCUUCUUCCAACUGCAUUGGUUCAGUUACAUUCUCCACCCUUUCUGAACUUGUCUCCUAAAUAUUUGUGUCACUUGAGGGCAAGGGUCUUCAAAGCUAGCAACUAAAGGAUUUUUUGAUCUUUGAAUAUUAGGCUCUUCGGUUCUUUUAUAAUACAUCUCAUAUUCAUUAAAUGUAACAUUUAUAGCCAUUUUGAGUGGGUAUCCAACAAAUAUGUACUUACGUGCUCUAAGAUCCAACUUACCCAACUAAGUAUUAGCAAUGUGAACAUAUGCCACACAACCAAACACCUUGGGAGCUAAGUUCGUUCACAACUUUACAUUUUGAUAAGUUUUAGAUAGUAACUCAAUUGGACUCUAAUGUCUAGUUGAUCUUAUUGGUAUGCAAUUUAUAAGAUCUGUAGCUGUCAAUAUAGCUUCUCCCCAAUAUUUUUUGGGUACAUUUCCCUGGAAUAAUAGUGUUCUAGCUGUCUCCACAAUUUGGCCAAUCUAUCUUUUAGCUAGCCCAUUAUGUUGUGGAGUACCAAUACAUAAUAAUUCAUGGAUUAUGCCUCUUUGAGGAAAAUAAGGGGAGAUGAUAGUAUUGAAAUACUCUUUGGCAUUAUCUGUUUUGAACCGGUUUAUCACUGUUCCAAAUUGAUUAUCUAUCAUGUUAAAGAACUGUGGAUAAUUUGAGCAGCUUCAGCUUUGGACUUAAGCAGAUAAAGUCAUAUAAACCGGAUACAGUCAUCAACAAAUAGCAUAAACCAUUUGUCACCAGAUAUACUCGAUAUUUGACAUGACACCCAUAUAUCACUAUGAAUCCGAUAUAGUGGUACUAAACUCCUUUCAUUCUUAAAAUAAAAUGUAGAUCAUUUGUGUUUGGUCAAUUGACAGGCCUCACACAUCAAAGUUUUGACAUCAGCCUUAUUACAAAUGGUAGGAAACGAAUGUUUCAUCAAUUCAAAAGAAGGAUGCCUAACAUGACUAUGUUGAAGCAUGAUUUGGCUCUUAGUAUCUCCGGAAAAACUAAGAGAGGAGAGAUACUGCAUCUUGAUCUUCCAGAUAGAGAAGGCCAUCUUGAUGCCUAACAUGUCCAGUCUUCUAUCCCGACAUCUUAUCAAUUAGAAAACAUGCAUCAUCUUUAAGAAUAGAUUUGCGCUUACAAUCUUGCAAAAGUUUUUGUAAGGAUAUAAGAUGUGCCUCAAGUCUAGGGACAUGAGGGACAUCUUUAAGUGUACCUAGUCCAUUAAUUUUGAUGCUCCCAAUACCCGCCACUGAUAAGAUUCCUCUUCUAGUUAUAAGGACUUUAUGUGGCCUAUUUAUCUUUGCAUAUUAACGAAUCUAGAGAUAUUUGGUGUCAUGUGAUCUGUGGCACUAGUAUCAAUAAUCCAAUUUAUUCUAUUGGGUUUUGGGAUAAUAACAUUACUGGAAAAUACUUUGUUUUCACCUGAGCAUGCCAAUAAGGUAGAACUUAGUAUGCUUUGAGUCGCUCUAGUUCUUCCUUUAUCUUCAUAAAGUCCUCCCCACUUUCAUGAGCAGGCUCUCCUGUUUGCUCAUUUGGCUGCCCUUGUUCUUCACCUUCAUGACUUUGAGAAGUAGCAACAUAUACCUUUCGAUUUUGUUGGGGCUUAUCAUAUAACUUCCAAUAGGUUUCUCUGGUAUGUCUUUUGCAUUUGCAAAAAGAACACCAAAGAGUAUCCUUAUAGUUAUUUGAGGCUCUCUAUCCUUGAUUAGUUGAAUUCUCUUGAUCUUGCUGAACUUCUUAGCUUGAUUUUUUUCAGUUUUCUUGGUAAAAAAUACAAUUGGGCUAGGCCUUGAUGGAUCUGAGAGUAGACGCAGUUGACUCUCUUCCUCCAUAACAAUACCGAUGGCUUCAUCCAAAUCUGCUGGCCUCUCUAUGUAGGAUCUGACUCUGAAGACUCUCAUAUUCUAGAUUGAAAGCCAUUAAGAAUGUAAACAUUCUCUACUUCAAUAUGUAAUUUCUUUCUUUGGAGUGAGGAUUCUUCACAGGCCAAUGAUAAUCAAUCUCGCUCCAUAUAGCCUUCAUUUCAUAUGAUAUCUUCAUGAUUGUCUUCUCCUCUUGUAUUGCCCUCACUAUUUUGGCAUUCAACCCAUAGAUCUUCCAAUCAUUAUGUUGCUUAGAGCAAUUCUUGUGGACUUCACUCCACAAUUCUUUCAUAGUAGCCAGAUAAAGAAAAUUGUCACACAUUUCUGCUGUCAUGGUUCCAAGGAGCCAUGAACGAAGAAAGGCUUCCUCGGAUUUCUAAAUUCUGUAAUUCGGAUCAUUCAUACCAACAGGAUCAUCAAUUAGAUGCUCUGGCAAACCUCUCCCAAGGAGGGUUAACUCCACAAAUUUCUUCCAUUGGUACAGAUUGAUACCAUUAAAUUUCAAGCGCUCAGACAUACCUGGCAGCACAUACAUUGUCUUGUCUCGGCCACCAACAAUUGCUGUCAUGACUGAGUUGGACGCAGAAGCUUCUUGCCCCAUUGACAUCUCCUGUUUCUUGAUUCUUGAAAUCAAGAAUUGCUCUCAAUUGACCUCCUGAAUGCUUGCUUCCAGUUGAUGGAAAGUGUGUCCUUGUCCUUGCGAUGCUUCGCGCCUCAACCAACUUUGAUACCAUGUCAAACCAGGAUCUUGAUCUUCUUGAUCAGGUCUUCGCCCUCCCUUCUCACUGGAGCUGCUAGAAAAUCCCAUUAGAAUAGAUUUACGAAAAGUCUUAUUUCAAUUCACCUCUACACCGGUUUAAAUACCGGUUACAUCUAUAGUGGGCCAAGCCUUCUUAUUUUGAGGAAAGAAAGGGAGAGCCCAUUAAGUAGUCCAUAACUGACUCACUUAAGGGCCCAAAUAGAAGAGGGACACUACAAUAACGAGAUCCUAGCUUGUCUGACAUGCUUGUCUUAUGCCCAUAGUGAACUCCGGAUAAUUCUUCCUUUUCUGCUAAUGUCUUGCAGUGUUCCUUGUUGUACUCUGAUUUCUGUCUUGUUGGAUUCUGAUUGGGUACAUUUUAAGUUUUCUGGCAUGCUUCAAUGUUAUAUUUUCAUAUUCUUAUUUCCUGUAGGCAACUGCUGGGGGAGGUGGACGUGGUAUGCGUUUGGCUAAGGAACCAGAAGAGUUUGUGAAGUUGCUGCAGGUAAGCUACAUUUGUUUAUAUAGAUGGUAGUCACAGACAAUUUGCCAUUUUUGCUGCUUGUUCUAUGGCUUCCCUCCAUCAGAUUAAUUUUAGAAGAUUACCUUCUGCGCUUUUUUUUGUAAAUCUAUCCACAAGACUUUCAUGAUCCAUUGGAUAAUUGAUGGCCGAAUGAAAAUUGCUGCUUUUAUAUCUGAGACAACUGAAAAAAGAAGAGAAAGUUAGAGAAAGCGUUGGAAACUGUCACAAUCUUUAAGAAAAUUAACCCAGAAGAUCUGCCCCGUAAAAAAAUAAGUAAGUAAUUAACUCCUUAGUGUCUUCUCGUGGGGUAUUCUGCUCAUUCAAUUUAGUUUGAAAGGAAUCUUUUAAUUGGCUUAUUUCAGUCAUCUGACAUUACCUGAUUCCUUUUACAAAACAGAAUUAUUUAAGGAUUCAGUAAAACAAGCCAAAAUAUUUUUGAUCGCCACAUGUUUGGUACGAGUAGCUUUUCUUCUUCGGUAAUUUAUUUCAUUGUCUUGAAACCGUAGUUUAUGUCCCCAUAUUUCCAAUAUCUUAUCUGCAGCAAGCAAAGAGCGAGGCUGCUGCUGCAUUUGGAAAUGAUGGGGUUUACUUGGAAAAGUACAUCCAGAAUCCAAGACACAUUGAAUUCCAGGUAUGCCUCUUUUAUUUUAAUCGAAUAUGUGCUGAGAGAAUCAUUGAACCAUAUCUGCAUAUUGGGGAUAUCUUUUCUUUUUCUGAUAAGUGGCACAAGCUGUUUCGAAAUCCUUCUUGUUUUCAUUGUGGGACUCCUUUUUACUUUAAUACCUGACUGGAGUGCUCAAAUUCUGUUUAUGACGUAAUUAUUUUACCAUACACUGCUGCUGUUAUUGUUGAAGCCAACAGUCUAGACAUUUACAUUUUUCUCCUUACUACUGUACAUUUCCGAAAAGCUAGUGGUGACUUGGCGAAGUUAAUACUAUCAACACCUCAUAAAAUCUCUACCAAUGUCUCUAUCCUGUCACGAUUGCGAGACUGGCUCAUAUGGUCAGAUCUAUUAUAUCCUCGGUAAAGCUAGAUUUGACGAGAUAUUUACUGUUAAAUCUAAAUAAGGCAAAUGAAAAUGGAAGAGCUAGAGGGCAGAUGAGCUAGAGAGCCAUAAGGUAAAUCAUGAAAAAUGAGUGAAAGAUGAAUUUAAAGUUCUCAGAAAGAGCUCUGCAUCCUAAUAUACUCCAUCGAAAAGCUGUGCUGUAUUGUCCAAUGCAAUACUAAAAUAGGCAUUUACAUAACAACUGAUCUGUAUGUAAUAUUUACAAGUUCAUAUCAUACAAAUAUGUUCUACUAAUGGUACGAUACUUGUAAGGAGAAGAAUAUGCUGAACAUGACUGCUCGAAUUCACUGUACCUGUUUUGGGGAGGGGGGAUCUUCUCGAAGUAGAAACGUAUAAUCUCAUGUGUAUGCGUCUCUUUGCAAUCAUCCUAUCAUUCUCAGACACUGAAAGCAAAUAUAUCGCACUAAUAGUCCUCAGAAGUGAUUGUGCUGGGAUAAAUAUAUUUUUCCUUUCUUUAUUCCUUCAGUAUAUCGAAUGCAACAUAAUGCUAAAUUAUUCAUGAAACAUUUCAUUUAUCAAUAGCAUCAUUCAUUUGGAUGGAACUUUCUUUUUUUCGUGUUGGACAUUGCAGGUUCUCGCAGAUAAGUACGGAAAUGUUGUUCACUUUGGGGAACGUGAUUGUAGUAUUCAGGUACUGUGAUUUGCUUAUUUUCUAAUUAAUUGUUAAUCUUGUUUACUUGAUUGAACUCAUAUUAAUCAACUUUGUUCCUAAAAUUUAGCAACCUAUGCUACUGACUCUUACCUAUAUGUGCGACAAUUUGUUCCUCCCUGGUAGUUGGUAAUUUUCAGUCGGUGAAGUUAGUCACAGUAUUGUUAAAACUGUUGAUAGGCCAUUGUAUUUCGUGCAUCUAUGGGCACCAUUACGGUUUGAACGUGAAAAUUCUGACUGUCCGGCGUUUUGUGGUCAUCGUACGGGAGAAUAGAUAAAUACAUCUUAGAUCAGUGGAUUUAACAAAAUUUAACGUGGUGACCUUGACCAUGGAGUCAGAAAUAGGUUGUCUUAAUGCGAGGAGGAUUUCCAAAACGAAAAGAACUAUUCUGGUUCAUGUUAUGCACUUAGCAUUUGGGUCUUCAUACCUUCAUUGCCAUCGGUGAUUAGUUACUUCAAUCGGUGCCUGGCCUUUUUUCUUAAAGUCAUUCUGGGGUCAAUUUGUAACUUGCCCAAGUCUUGAUGGAGCGUCUGACUCCAUAAUUGUUGUCAGCACAAAAGUUACAAACAGAAAGGGUAAAUUUUGCUUUAUUUUUCCUUUUUGAGGACUGGUGUGUCAGUGAUUAAUUCUGUUCUUCUGACAAGGAUUCGCCCCGAAUGAUGUCCUUUUGCUUGUUUAGGGAAUCUUGUUUGUAUAAGCUAAUUCCGGCUUGGUCACUUAACUGGAUUUUACUCGAAUCCUUCUUUGCAGCGAAGAAAUCAGAAGCUCCUUGAAGAAGCUCCGUCUCCUGCGUUGACCCCAGAACUGCGAAAAGCUAUGGGUGACGCGGCUGUUGCGGCGGCUGCAUCAAUUGGCUACAUAGGUGUUGGAACAAUAGAAUUUCUCUUGGACGAAAGGGGUUCUUUCUACUUCAUGGAAAUGAACACUAGGAUCCAGGUAGAUGUGUUUACAUGUGGGUUUUUCACAACUUGCGUUGAAGAAAGAUGUCAGCCGGUUAUUAUUUCUCUUUUUGGUAAAAUCCAGGUGGAGCACCCUGUAACUGAGAUGAUUUCGUCGACUGAUUUAAUUGCGGAGCAGAUUCGUGUUGCCCUUGGGGAGAGGCUUACCUACAAGCAGGUUAGUGUUAAAUUUUGUUUCUGUAAGGCUCAUUUUUACAGCUUUCAGUAGGAACGGAAUAAAUACAUAUUUAGGCGCGAUACCUUCUUCGUGGAUAUAGUUAUUUUUCGUCUUUGAAAAGGCAUCUAUUUGAGGUAGAAAGAAUGGUCAAGAGUAUUCCAUCUUUGAGAGCCCUGGAUAUGAAUACUAGCAUGCACCGUCAUAUUGUAUACUUUUUCCGAUCCAGUAUGGGGGACUCUGCACGUGUGAUUGUAUAACCCUGUUUUUUUUCUAUUUCCCAUACUUCAAUGAUCGCGUAGUAUUCUCCGUUCUAAAUAAAAAAGAGAAAAAAAAUUCCUACAACCUGAGUUGUUCCUAACUCUUUUCUAUUCACCACUUCAGGAAGAUAUUGUUCUCCGGGGACAUUCAAUUGAGUGCCGUAUUAAUGCUGAAGAUCCUUUCAAAGGGUUUCGCCCUGGGCCUGGUAUGCGUUUCCCUUGAUUUCUAGCAGUAUUAGGUUCUACUAUUAGGUUCUUCCCAUUAUAACCUUUAGGAAGUCAUUAAGUCUUUAUUCUUUCAAUUUUCUUAUUUCAUGUAGCCUGUAAAAGCUUCAAUUUUUUGUUGAUCGUUUAUAUGGUGCAUUACAUUGAACACUACGGAUUCCCCUGACAUCUUCUGUUUCGGAGGUAUUAAAUUUGUGGGCAUCCUCCCCUUCGGAUGUGUUUUUCAUUAAGACAUUUAGAUCCUUGUAAAAUUUCAUUCUCGUCCCAUCAUGUUCUAGCAUUUUUUAUGAGAGAAAAAAAAUCGACUGGACGCAUCUGCCGCAUCAUUUCUCAUCUUCACGUCAGUGAGGGGAUGUAAAAGCAUGAUGCUGUCUCUUGUUUACCCUUCGAUGAGCCUUUUUUUUUUUUUGGGUUUUCAUCAAUGUGACGUUCUAAGGGCUGAAACAUAUGGAAGCCUGUCUUCCUAACCAAAAUCAUUUCUUUGGCAAUGCUGUGAUUACAGGGAGGAUAACCUCAUACUUGCCCUCCGGUGGGCCUUUUGUGCGAAUGGAUAGCCACAUCUAUCCUGAUUAUGUUGUUCCGCCAAGCUAUGACUCCCUACUCGGAAAGGUUUACCCCACAAGUCUCUCAAGGACAGGCGAUUAUAUUUCUAUAGAAAAUACCUUGAUUAGGAACUAAUACAGAAUCUUCCAAAGUUUAUUUCCAUCAUAUCUUCUAUCUGGGCAUGCAUAUAUAUAUAUAUAUAUAUAUACACUCUAUAUGGGUUCUGGCAAAAAGAAAGAGUUUUAAAAACUGAGGUAGACAAAACUUGUCAUGCGUACAUUUCUUGAAAGUGUUUCAGUGAUCUUAAAUUUCAAUAUGAUUUAGCCCUCUCGUUAUUACUUAUCGAAAUAUUUCAUUGAGAGAGCGUGCUUUGUUCUGAGCCUGCCAGAUUUCUUCAUUAUCUUGCAGCUUAUUGUCUGGGCACCAACAAGAGAGCAGGCGAUUAACCGGAUGAAAAGGGCCCUCAACGACACUGUUAUAACAGGUUUGUGAGUGAUCCCUCUCUAGUGUUCUUAUCAGAUUACGCGUUCUUAUCCUCCUUUUGUUCCACAAAAAAAAAAAAAAAAAAAAAAAACCAACCAACAGACCUUCGGCCCAGCGAAAGUGAAAAAAAAUAGAGUACAUAUUUUCUUGGCGAAUGAAUGGUCUACAGAUUCUGAUAAAGAGGCUAAAAAAUUAUGUACCCAUGCUCAACCUGUUUCUUUAUCAAUAAAAAUGGAGAAAUAAAAAGACGACACCGUUUUUCAUUCAUUCAUUCAUUCAUUCAUUCAUUCAUUCAUUCAUCCAUUCAUUCAUUCAUCUCUGGUGCUGCUUAAAAAAGAAAGAAAGAAAAAAGGCUUGCCCUGAUGGGCGGAUGAUCUGAGUCUUCGAUUGUUCCGCAGGAGUCCCUACAACCAUCGAGUACCAUAAGCUCAUCCUGGACGUCGAGGUACGGGAGGAGCCACUGUUAUUCGUCCUCUGCGGCCCAUCCCCGUUGGGUGGGAGCUGCAUGUGGAAAGGAAGGACCUAAUGAGCUCCCCAUCAUCUUCCUCCUCCCUUGGAUUUGCAGGACUUCCGAGACGGCAAAGUCGACACCGCCUUCAUCCCGAAGCACGAGGAAGAGCUGGCCGAGGUGAGCAUCUCACUCACAUCAACCUCCGUUGGAAAUUGAUUGAGUUCUCUGAAUGAAUCUUUGGAAUCUAAUCCCGAGGGCUCAUCCCAACUGAGCAUCAAUUUAAUGUCCGGGUGCUCGUGCAGCCGCAGUCGCUGGUCCCGUCGCUGCCCGCCAAGGCCCUCGCCGGCACGAGCGCGUAG